GGCAACACGUAUUUCCUGGGCACUGCUGUGCGUGCCCGGUGCUGGGGCAGGGGUACCCAAUGGUUCUGGGACGUCUCAUCCUUGGGAACGGGCUCUGCCAGAGUCCAGGAAGGUGGGACCAGCCAGACCCACCCGGCCUCGAGGAGGGACUGAUUCUCAGAGGGACAUUGCUGGCAUCGGGGGAACGGGUAGCCCGACCUCUCUGUAGGGUGGGGCUGGGGUUGGCUCAGCCCACAGGCCAAGGGUUGGUUCCCAGUUCCUUUGGUCCCCAUUAUAGGGAGGGGACUCCGCCAGAGCUUCUGGACAGCCUAUGAAAAUCCAGCUCAGGCUACAAGGGGAGAUCUGGGCUAUUAGGACCUAUGGGGUCACCAAGGCCGGCCCUGUGACGUCUGCCUCCGGCAGCCUGAUCGGGGUCCCCCAGGCCCUCAGACCACCACGUUUAUCUCUGUCUCCGUGGCCAGUUCCAUAUCCCUGCCCCUACGUGGCUCUUGCCUCCCUGGUGCCCACACUGGGCCAAGGUCUCCUGGGGCUCCUCCCCCGGGGUCUCCGCCCUGAAGCCGGCACAGGUGUCCUUCACAGUCUGUCUGAAUAACCAUCCUGCAGAGCCAUAGUCACCGAGCACUCACGGGGCUCGGCCCUGCACAGAACACUGCGCGCCCGAAUUCUCCCAACCACGGGGCAGCCACAGGAACCAUCCCUAUUUCACAGAUGGGGAAGGCACCCCUCGGUCCCUCAGUCCAGAGUGACCAACCUGCCGGGGACGCUAUCAGGAUGGACCCCUUCGCGGACACGCUGAGGCGGCUGCGGGAGGCGUUCAGCGCAGGGCGGACGCGGCCGGCCGAGUUCCGGGCGGCGCAGCUCAGGGGCCUGGGCCGCUUCCUGCAGGAACACAAGCAGCUUUUGCAGGAGGCGCUGGCGCAGGACCUGCACAAGCAGGAACAUAGCCAGCCUGCACCCGCCUCAGGGCCUUUGCACAUGCUGUGCCCUUUGCCUGGAAGAUUCUGCCUCCAGUCAGCCUUCGAGUCGGAAGUGUCUGAGAUCAGCAUCAGCCAGAGUGAGAUCAACUUGGCCCUCAGGAAUCUGAGGGCCUGGAUGAAGGAUGAGAAAGUGCCCAAGAAUCUGGCCACGCAACUGGACUCGGCCUUCAUCCGGAAGGAGCCCUUCGGCCUGGUGCUUGUCAUCGCCCCCUGGAACUACCCUGUGAACCUGACCCUCGUGCCCCUGGUGGGCGCCCUUGCCGCAGGGAAUUGCGUGGUGCUGAAGCCAUCGGAGUUCAGCAGGAGCACCGAGAAGGUCCUGGCUGAGGUGCUGCCCCGAUACCUGGACCAGAGCUGCUUUGCCGUGGUGCUGGGCGGGCCCCAGGAGACGGGGCAGUUGCUGGAGCACAAGUUCGACUACAUCUUCUUCACGGGGAGCCCUCGGGUGGGCAGGAUCGUCAUGUCUGCGGCCGCCAAGCACCUGACGCCCGUCACGCUGGAGCUGGGGGGCAAGAACCCCUGCUACGUGGACGACAACUGUGACCCCCAGACCGUGGCCAACCGCCUGGCCUGGUUCCGCUACUUCAACACCGGCCAGACCUGCGUGGCCCCCGACUACGUCCUGUGCAGCCCUGACACGCAGGAGCGGCUGCUGCCCGCCCUGCAGAGCGCCAUCACCCGCUUCUACGGCGAGGACCCCCGGAGCUCCCCGAACCUGGGCCGCAUCAUCAGCGACAAGCACUUCCAGCGGCUCCGAGGCCUGCUGGGCUGUGGCCGCGUGGCCAUUGGCGGCCAGAGCGACGAGAGCGAGCGCUACAUCGCCCCCACAGUGCUGGUGGACGUGGAGGAGACGGAACCCGUGAUGCAGGAGGAGAUCUUCGGACCCAUCCUGCCCUUCGUGAACGUGAGGAGCCUGGACGAGGCCAUCGACUUCAUCAACCGUCGGGAGAAGCCCCUGGCCCUGUACGCCUUCUCCAACAACAAACAGGUGGUCAAGCGAGUGCUGGCCCAGACCAGCAGCGGGAGCUUCUGCGGGAAUGAUGGCUUCAUGCACUUGACCCUCGACAGCCUGCCUUUUGGAGGAGUGGCACGGCUCCAAAUCUGCCUACCAGCUCACGCGGGGCAACCUCGUGUGUCCCCGUCAUUCCACGGUGCCAGUGGGAUGGGCAGAUACCACGGCAAGUUCUCCUUUGACACCUUCUCCCACCACCGCGCCUGCCUGCUGCGCUGCCCCGGAAUGGAGAAGAUCUACUCCAUCCGCUACCCGCCCUACUCACCUCGCAAGCUGAGCCUGCUGCUGAUGGCCAUGGAGGCCCGUGGCUGCAGCUGUACCUUGCUCUGAGCCCGCCUCAGGCACUAGGGUGUCGCUCCAACUCUCAUCUG